AUGCCAUGCAGCAGCUCUGAGCCUGCUCGGAAGCAUGGGCAGCUGAGCGAGCAGGCUGACGAGAUAGUCCGCCAGCUGCAGCCCCACAGGAGGGCGGAGCGACACCGGCUGACAGUGUUCGAGUACGUGAAAAAGCUGAUCAAGCACGUGGCGGACGAGGAGAACAAGACUGAGAUUUACGUGCAUCGCUUCGGCUCCGUACCUCUCAAGACUUACCUCCCCCAUGGCGACCUCGACGUCACUGCGUUCGCCGCCAACGACUUGUGGCUGGAGAGGCUCAAGGCGAAGCUGGAGGACGAAGCGAAGAAGAACGACAUGUACGUUGUCAGUGGCGUGCACUCAGUCCCCAGAGACUUGCGCGCUCAGUCGAGGGAGGAGCUGGGGAAGAAGGAUCAGGGGCCCGUGGAGAUAGUCAAGGUAGUCAAGUGCCAGGUGAACGGCAUAUCUGUGGACAUCACGGCGAACGCGCUAGGGGGCAUGUGCAACCUGUGCUUCCUAGAGAAGGUGGACACGAUGCUGAAGAGAGAUCAUCUUUUCAAGAGAGCGACGAUCCUCGUCAAGUCCUGGUGCUACUUCGAGUCGCACAUCCUUAGCUCGCAGAACGGGCUCCUGUCGACGUACGCCCUCGAGACCCUCGUCCUUUGCAUCGUCAACAUCUUUCACGAGGAGCUGCAGACGCCCCUGGACGUGCUCAAGAGGUUCCUGGAGUACUACGCCAACUUCGACUGGAGGAACCACUGCCUGACGAUGCGGGGGCCGGUGAAUCGCUCCAACAUCCCCCCGGGGGGGGAGGUGCCGCACCUCGACAACGAGCCGAGCUACCUGCUCAACGACGCGAUCCUUCAGGAAGACUCCCAUCUUCAGUUCCUCAUGUCUGGUCUGCAGGAUGACAAUCGAGGCUUCCAAUGGAAGUAUAUGAACAUCUGUGACCCGCUGAGCACCAGGAACAACAUUGGCAGGUCCGUCUCCCGGUCCUCUGCCUACAGGAUUGCGAGUGCGUUCAGACACGGCUGGCAGAGCCUGUCGGGCCUGCUCUACUGCUCCCUCCACCACAACUCUAGCAUCUCCCUCACCAAGUCAGAGAAGUCAGCAAGAGCCUUCUUCCACUUCACAGGCAAGACAUUGACCGGACAUCGGCCCGACGUGGGCGACUUCUCGUUCCCUAACGCUAGCAGGAAUGCUUCUUCGACGGUGAGCAGCCGGUCGACCGAUCAGGGCCAGUCGGCCGCGUCAGUGUCGGAGAACUCGCACGAAGGGACGUCGGACUGCGAGGCCGAGCACGAGGGCAGCUCGUACCCACCUGCAGAGAUCGGCAUCCAGACCGCAGAGGCGCUUUCCCAGCUCAACAAAGACUUCAACGGCAUCGUGACAAGCUCUCCCAUCCUCCACUUCCGCCAGCCCCACAAGGAGCAGGGCGUCAACUCCGAGCUAGCAGAGCCGCCGGAGGCGACCGGGCAUGAAGGGGACGAGGGUGGGAUCGGGCACGAGGAGCAGACUGUCGUCAACAUGGAGAUGCUGCCGGCUCAGCGGAGGGAUGUGGGCCAUGGUCUUGCGGAGAAGCAGCUUGCAGGACAAGGGCAAGGGCAGAAGAUCUCAUCGGAGCCGCUGGACAGCCUCGACGAACCGCUGCGGCAUGGAAGGUGCAAGGAGAACGAUGGAUCCUCGGAGAACUCAGGUUUCAGUGACUCAGACAAUGAGCACAUGCUGCACGCGCAAAGCCAGAGCAUGGAGAACGACGUUCAUGUCCUGGACACGGACGUACAAGAGCUCAUGGACGAGCUGGCGAUUGUGAGGGAUGCUAUCAACCAGUUCCAGUUCCCCGUCGGUGUGGCUCGCGUGCGGCUUCCGGAGGACUUCCCCCCUCUGAUGUCCUCCGAAGUUCCUGUGAACCCGGGAUAA